AUGGCUGUACUGUUAGAGCAUCAGUUUAAACAGCUUCCAGCAGACAAACAAGUGGAAACUCGACCCUUUCUGGAAGCCGUGUCACAUCUUCCUCCAUUCUUUGAUCUACUGGGUUCCACAGUCUUCGCACCUGUCAAGGCAGACAUUGCUGGCAACAUCUCAAACAUUAAAGCUGUUUAUGACACCAACCCGAGCAGAUUUAAAACACUUCAGAAUAUUCUGGAAGCGGAGAAGGAGAUGCACAGGUCCCAGUGGCCCAAAGUAGGAGCCACUCUCUCCCUCAUGUGGCUAAAAAGGGGUCUGCGGUUCAUCCAGGUGCUGCUGAAGAGUUUAGUGGAUGGGGAAAAGGACGUGAACAACCCCAAUCUUAUACGCAUCAACGUUACCAAAGCCUAUGACAUCGCCCUGAAGAAGUACCACGGCUGGCUUAUCCAGCAGCUUUUUAAGGCCGCGCUGUAUGCUGCUCCCCACAAGUCAGACUUCCUCAGGGCCCUCUCCAAAGGUCGUGAGAUGAAAGAGGAAGACUGUCUGGAGAAGGUACGCCAGUUUCUGGUCAACUACACUGUCACCGUAGACGCCAUCUAUGAGAUGUACACCAGGCUCAACGCUGAGCUGGACUACAAAGUGUGA